AUGCCUACAUGGUGGGGAAAAUCAUCAUCGAAAGAAACCAGGAAGAAAGCAGGUAAGGAAAGUAUUAUUGACACAUUGCACCGAAAAUUUAAAUUUCCAUCUGAUGGUAAAUUAAGCACUAGAUCUGGAGGAUCUCGUAGACGAAGCAAUGACACGAUUUCAGAGAAAGGGGAUCGUUCUCCAUCCGAAUCAAGAUCGCCUUCACCUUCCAAGGUAGCAAGGUGUCAAAGUUUUGCUGAAAGGCCACAUGCUCAACCACUUCCGCUUCCUGGUCUGCAUCCUUCAAGUAUAGGUCGGGUGGAUUCUGAAAUUAGUAUAUCAGCAAAGUCAAGACUGGAAAAGUCAUCCAAGUCAUCAUUGUUUCUUCCACUUCCGAAACCUGCAUGCAUACGCUGUGGGACAAAUCCUGCAGAUUUGGAUGGAGAUAUUGUCAACACUUCAGUCUUCAGUGAUUGCUCUGCUGAUAGUGAUGAGCCAGCAGACUCACGCAAUCGUAGUCCUCUGGCAACUGACUCCGAAACUGGGACUAGAACUGCUGCUGGCAGUCCUUCCAGCUUGAUGCUCAAGGAUCAACCGGCUGCUGUUGCCCAACUGAAUUCGAGAGAAGUGAAAACACCGACAAACAUUUUAAGUAAUCACACACCUUCUACUUCACCUAAACGAAGGCCUUUACGACACCAUGUUCCAAAUCUUCAGGUUCCUCCUCAUGGUGUCUUCUAUAGUGGUCCCGACAGUUCCUUGUCAAGUCCAUCAAGAAGUCCAUUGAGGGCAUUUGGUACAGAUCAGGUGUUGAAUUCUGCAUUUUGGGCUGGAAAGCCAUAUCCAGAGAUCAAUUUCGUCGGAUCUGGCCACUGCUCUAGUCCAGGUUCCGGUCACAAUUCAGGGCACAAUUCAAUGGGAGGGGACAUGUCAGGACCAUUAUUUUGGCAACCAAGUAGGGGUAGCCCUGAGUAUUCUCCGGUACCUAGUCCUAGAAUGACUAGCCCUGGUCCAAGCUCAAGAAUUCAGAGUGGAGCAGUCACACCUAUUCAUCCUAGAGCAGCGGGAACGCCGACUGAAUCUCAAACAGGAUGGGUUGAUGAGGGAAAACAACAGAGUCAUCGUUUGCCUCUCCCUCCUUUAACAGUUACCAAUACCUCGCCAUUCUCUCAUUCUAAUUCUGCAGCAACAUCUCCAUCUAUGCCAAGAAGUCCAGCUAGAGCAGAUAGUCCAAUGGGCUCUGGUUCACGUUGGAAAAAAGGAAAGUUGCUUGGCAGAGGCACGUUUGGACAUGUCUAUAUUGGCUUCAAUAGUGAAAGUGGUGAAAUGUGUGCAAUGAAGGAGGUUACUAUGUUUUCAGAUGAUGCCAAGUCUAUGGAAAGUGCUAAGCAAUUAAUGCAGGAAAUUCAUUUGUUGAGCCGUUUAAGACAUCCAAAUAUUGUGCAGUAUUAUGGUUCUGAAAAAGUAGAUGACAAGCUUUACAUAUACCUUGAGUAUGUGUCUGGAGGCUCCAUACAUAAACUUCUUCAAGAAUAUGGGCAAUUUGGUGAACUAGCUAUUCGUAGUUAUACUCAACAAAUUUUGUCAGGGCUUGCUUAUUUACAUGCUAAAAAUACUCUUCACAGGGACAUCAAAGGCGCAAACAUACUGGUAGAUCCAAAUGGUCGGGUCAAGGUUGCAGACUUUGGCAUGGCGAAACAUAUAACAGGACAAUACUGUCCUUUGUCAUUCAAAGGAAGUCCUUAUUGGAUGGCUCCUGAGGUUAUAAAGAAUUCCAAGGAAUGUAGCCUUGGUGUGGAUAUAUGGAGUCUUGGAUGCACAGUUUUGGAAAUGGCUACAACUAAGCCUCCUUGGUCUCAAUAUGAAGGGGUUGCUGCCAUGUUCAAAAUUGGUAACAGCAAGGAGCUCCCAACAAUCCCGGAACAUCUCUCAAAUGAAGGAAAAGAUUUUGUUAGGAAAUGUCUACAACGUAAUCCACGUGAUCGCCCUUCGGCGAGUGAAUUAUUGGACCACCCUUUUGUAAAAGGUGCAGCACCUUUGGAAAGACCUAUUAUGGUUCCUGAAGCUUCAGAACCUAUUUCUGGAAUUACACACGGAACAAAAGCUCUGGGCAUUGGACAAGGAAGAAAUCUGUCUGCUUUGGAUACAGAUAAGCUCUUAAUUCAUUCUUCCAGGGUUUUGAAAAGUAACCCUAAUGAAAGUGAAACCCACAUUCAAAGGAAUAUAUCUUGCCCAGUCUCUCCCAUUGGAAGCCCACUUUUGAGGUCAAGAUCACCACAUCAGAGAAGUGGUAGAUUGUCUCCUUCUCCUAUAUCUAGCCCUCGGACUGUUUCUGGUGCAUCCACACCUCUCACUGGCGGUGGCAGUGGCGCCAUUCCAUUCAGUAAUCACUUAAAACAGUCGGUUUACUUUCAAGAGUGUCUUGGAAGCAUGCCGAAAUCCUCAAACUACAUUAACGGCUCCUCUCAUCAUGACUCGAAUAUUGACAUUUUCAGAACAAUGCAAAUCGGGUCUCACAUUAAAUCAGAACUUAUCUCCUCCGAAAACGACGCUCUCACUAAGCAGUUUGUAAGGUCUCCUCAUCCAGAGCCAUACGACUUUCAAUCGGUCUUGGCCGAUCGUGUUGGGCGACAGCUACUGGGAGAUCAUGUUAAGAUUAACCCAUCAUUUGAUCCAAAUCCCAGCUCGUCUUUGCUCAACCGAACAAAUGGUUUAUGA